UUUAUUCUAUGCAAUAUGUUUCACUGCUUUGUCUUGUUCAAAUGUUCAGAAUAACAAACACAACCAAAACAUGUGGAUACAAUAAAGAAUUUAAAAGACUGUACAAAGUUGAGGUUCAGAAUUUAAAACAGCUUCUAAUUCUUUCAUGAAAAUAAGUAGGUACAUCGUCGAUCUUUUCCGGAGAAAUCAAAUGCGUUUGAAGAACUUUUCACCUUUUCCAUCCACACCAUUUCCACACUACUCUAGUGUGGAACCUCCAUCAACGAGUAGGUACACAAUUUCCCAAAAACAUCUACUAGUUAUACCUUUCAAACACUUGUUAUGGAUGGGUCGUAAACGCGGUAGACACCUUUCGAGUAUGAGAUACAUAUAUCGACUUUUCUUCCCGAUAGCUUGCGCGGUAAUGUAGGAAUUGUGGAAUAUUGCUUUUGCUUUUCGCUGUUACUCUCCUGUUUCUUAAAUGAUUAUUGACUUUGAUUCGGAGAGAGUUUGACUCACUCACACAUGUGGUCAGUGGAGGAGGAAAAAACCUGCGCACCCUUGUAUACGAACGAUUUUAUGAAGCAGAGUUUUAAAAUUAUACCUAAAUUCAUAAAGCGAAGAAGACGGAGAUUUUUCUCAAUCUGAAUAACUCACGGUUAGUGCGUACAUAGAUUCAAACCAGUAUGGUUUGUUGUGGAAUAAUAGUUUUUUUGUUGCGAAUAUUGCAACCAGUUAGUGGCUAGACCCAUUUGAUGCACUCGUUCGUUUAAAAUCCGGUCCUACGGUUGUAAACGAAUAGUUAAAAACCCGGCAUCGCGCAAGAAUGGAACUGGAAACGUCUGCACAUUUUUUUGUUAUGUUAUAACAUUUCGGAACGCGAUUUUUUUUUUCGAAAAAGUGCUGAUCACCUGCAAUAUGCAUUAGCCUAAAGUAAACGGCAUACUUAUAUAACGACUAGAAAAGAACGUUCAAAUUCGUCACGAUGCAUUUAGAAACCGAUUGGGUAGAUGGAAGAAGAAGAAAUCAUGUGACAUUGUGGAAUUCUAGAGUGAUAAAAAAUUAAGCUUGUGCUAAAAAUAAACUGGGAAAGCCGCGGAGAAGGAAAAUAUUAUAAAUGAGCACCGCUUAACGUCGUUCUCAAAACAUUGACCAUUCUUUUCCAUUCAACGAUUGAUCAAAUUGAGCAAUAAAAUAAAAUGGACCAAAAUAAAAUAAAUGGUUCAUGUGAAUAAACGCUUCGAAUAAGAUGGAUCAACAACUUUUAUAAAACGCAACAUGGUGUUUAAGCAAUAAAUUCAAAAUCAAACCAUGAUAAAGCAUCAUUUUACACAAUAUUGUUUUGAGGAUAAAAAUAAUUUCGUAACAGCACAUCAGUCUGCUAUAAGAAACUCGGGACAGGACCACAUACAUAAAACCAAUCUUGAAUUGAUGUACGCUAAAUGUCGUCGGUACUGUCUGAAUGCUUCUAACGGAAUAUUAUUACGCCAAGUGUAUUAUUAAAAAUAAUAAUAAAUAAUAAUAAGAAAUCUAAAAAUAACAACAACAAUAAUAGAAGUUGUCUACGGUUGACAUGAAUGAUGUAUAAAUACACAUGUGUGAUGCUAGAGCUUGACGGCAAAUCUCAUGAGCAGUAAAAAACUUUAAAUGAAGAAGAACGGCCAAUGAGAAUAAAAACUAGAUGCAACAAUACUUGCAGAUGUUUGCCUUCUCGUUAAUUAGAUGCCAAGUGAGGCUUCUGGAUUAAAGGCAAAUAUUUAUUAGCAAAAAUGAUCAAACAAAAAUCGGAAGAUAUUCAGCUAGACUAUGCAGACCCUUUAACAUCACCCAAUAGUAAACGAAAAAAUGAAUCUACAUUGCGACAAUUACAAAAUGAUGUUAUGGGCAAAGCUCGUUCGACGCUAAGCAGUUUGGGAGACGUAUUGAAAGGCAGCAAAAACGUACCAGGUGGCUCAAAUGCGUCGAGCCCGUCAGCAGACUCCGCCAACAAAGUGAUUUGUGGGGAGACAAAUGCAGAAGGUUCGGAACAAAGCUUCUCGACUCCACCACGAAGUCCAAAAACACCAAAGGAUAAAAAUUCCCUAGACUUCUUUUCUUGGUCCAAGAGUAAGAACAAAGAUAUUCCGAAAAAUGUGAAAAAGGAUAAGAUUAAAUCACAACAGUCCCAAUUGAGUGAUGUUAAUGAAGAAGAAAAUGAAGAAGAUAUUAAAUCUGACUUUACAGCAACAACGAAACAAACAUCUACGGGUGCUAUUAAGAAAAAACCUGGCCAGGAGAUCACAAUCAGUAAAUACCACAAUCAAGGAACUUCACAGCGUAAACACAAUACAGACUAUGUAGAAUCUCAUGGCAAUUAUAGAUCAGAAUACGAUUUUCGCAGAUCUAUGGAGGAUGGAUUGCAUUACAUAACUCGAGAUAAUGCUCAAUAUGCUGACAAAUAUUAUGAUUCUCGUCCGAAAUCUUACAACGAAAAAUACCUUCAAACCUACAACUAUAUGCAAAAUAUGCAGGAGUAUGAUGAAAGUUAUGAAGAUGAAGUUGUCACGCCUUCAAAAGGACCAAGAAAGUUGAUAAAUCCAUCUAGUCCAGCUACAAAACAUAUUCUCUUCAAUGAGGAAAAUGACGUGUUAUAUUAUAAAGACAACCAAAGGUACUCCAAAAAUAAACCUAACGAUCAAUUGUCAAGGGAUAAACCAAAAGGACCACAACCGAAAACAUCUUCUAUAAAAGAUAAUCGAAAAUUGUACGAUUCGACACCAAUUCCGAUAAGGAAAAUAUCAAAAGAAGAUAAAAAUUUGAAUGUACAUGCUGCAAGUACUGCAUCUGAUAAAAAUAUCACAAAAAAUAAUAAAACAGCAGUACCUAUCGAUGAAAAGAAAUCCAAUCAAAAAGCUUAUUUUGCAAGGCCCACAUUAUCACGAGAUUAUUCAAUUGAUCAUCGAACUGCUAACAACAGCGGAAAUUUGGAAGCAAAUGAGUCAAACACAAACAAUAAUCUUCGUAGACAUCCAGCUGAAGAUUAUUGUGAUAAAAAAAUGGUCAGGAAAAUUUGCUUCCAAGAACCUUCGUACGAACCUGUAACAAAAAGCGACACAUUACCAAGAAGUCGAAAACCUGUUGCGGACUCAAUGAUCAAUGAAUAUCUUGAUACAGAUAUGAUUAGACCACGUAGUGGAAGUGUUGAUUCUGAUUUAGAGUCACAAGCUAUGCGUAUCGUUCGAACAGUAGGGCAAGCUUUCGAAGUGUGUCAUAAACUGUCGUUACAAGACAGCGUAGAGAUAGCAGACGAGCCGUCCGAAGCAUCUUUAUGUGAUUUUUCAGAUCAAGAUAAAAUAAGCGAUGAAGAAAAUAUCAAAAAAGACAUCAUCUCGGAAUCUGAUGAAGCUAUACUGCCGGGUAAAAACAACAAAACAGAUAUGUCUUCGAUAUCUAACAUGUACUCAUCACAACCGCCUUCACAAGAAAAUGGAAAUGAAUCAACAUUAAAAAAGACACCUUUAUCAGCAUCACAAGAAGUUGUUUGCUUACGAGAGCAGUUGGAUCAUCAACAAUUACAAACCAGGCAGGUGGUGGCCCAACUCAUGCUCGUUCGAGAUCAACUUAUAACCGAAACAAAUGCUAGAAUCGAAGCACAGGCAAGAACUCAGCAACUACUACAGCAGAACAGAGAGCUGUUGGAGCACAUUGCAUCAAUUGGAGGGUAUCAUGAACCAGAUCGACCUGGAUUAUCCUCUACUGCUAUAGGUUUAGCACCACAGUCUUUAUAUUUACAGAACCAACAGAUCAACGAUGUCCUAAACAUGGGAGCUCUGGGCAAGCAUUUCCAGACAGUACAACCCCUGUCUUCAAACCAAAAUCCUGCGAUCCAUCAACCAUUAAGUAAUGUGAAUAGCGGAAGUUUUUCAGCUCUCAACAAAUUACACAAUAUGGCGGCUUUCCAAUCAACUGGAAAUUUUAUGAGCCCCACAUCUAAUUUAACCGUCCAAGAUUUGUACAAGUUGAAUCAGAAUAUUCUUAAUCAGCUUACAAACGUGAACUAUAAUCCACUGUACUCGUUAUAUCCGACAGCUAAUGUGAACAAUACUCAACAUCAACCGAAUAAUUUUAUAUAUACAAAUCAGAAUGCUGCAGGAUUUAGUAACGUUAAAAAUGUGGCAAAUGCGGCCACCACUAACGCAUCAUCAAUGAACGCAGCAACAUCACCAGGAGAUCAUCAGAAGUCUUCACUUCCAACAAAAUCUGUAAGCGACUCCAAGGAACGUUCGUUUGUCCAUAACGAUACAUCAGUAGCUCAUGAUGGGAAUGGACCCCGAACACAGUUCAUAAAACCACUCUCGCAAGUCGGAACACUCACUACUAUGGACGCUGACGGUAAAAUUAAAGUGAUCGUGCCUAUUGACACCAAGGAACAACUGGAACUUCCUAAAACAAUUAGUAGGAAAUCCACCUCUUUUUCAGAGCUGUCUGGCGACACCAGUGUUGAAGGCAGCACGAAAAGCAUCUCAAUUCUAAAGGACAGCAAGGAUAAAAAAUCUUCCAUUCCAAGUCUGGUAACGCUGAAAGUAACCGACGAAAGUGGAACGACCACUAGAAGGCUACCUGCAACGCCAAGCUUUAUCACACGCAGCACGAGUGAAAAAGUUCCCAAUCGCAGCCAAAUUAUGAGUCAAGUUCAACGAACUCAAUGGGCUCGGCACACAACGAAAUAGAAUCCUAAGAAUCAACUUGUUCUUGCUUAUUAUUGAUUUAAUGUGUUACUAAGAGAAAAACGAUUAUUGAAAAAAAUUACUAGCAGUUCAUUGCACAACAUAUCCAUUCCUUGAUAGUUACAUAUAUGCACGCACAUAUGUAUGAUUUUGGUGUAUUUUAUGAUGUACUUUAGAUUUUGGUUUAUCGUGGUUUAUCUUCAUUUCUUUAUACAAAGCCUUAUACCGAAAAUAGUCCACUAGAUUACGGCAAGGUUGAAUCCAGUCUUUACCUAACCAUUUUCCUGGACAAGUGCCGUUGUGGUCAUGUCGAAUAAGUUCCCUAGAUUCUGGAAAUUGAAUCAAUCCGAAUUGAAAUUACAAACGCAAGGAAGCCACCGCUGUGCGUUUUUUUUGUGAUUGAUCGGUGGCAGAAAUCUUAUGACAAAUAUCCCCAAAUACCUCCUUCAAAUAGUACACUGGUUAAGAUGUCGGACUGGCAAGACGAUAUAAUUGGUGAUUUGAGUUCGACUCUCCCUACGGCGCUGUGUUUUUUUUUCUUGUUUCUGGGAUGAAUCAUCCAAUAGGAAGGAAAUUCCAUAAAAUGUUUUUCUUGUUUCGCUUGAAUGUAGUGAUCAUGCAUCAUUUUGGUUGGGAGCUCGAGUCCUUGUGCCAGUAGUGCUUUUUCAAAGAUACCGCCUUCGGCACAGUGCACAUUUCAGUACAUUAUCGGCACAGAGAUUUGCUAAAAAUACAUAAGAUUUUUGCAACCUCUUCAAAUCAUCAGAAACGGUUUUUUUAAUAAUGCGAUCGAAAAAAUGCUUUAAAUCGAAUCACGGUGGAAUCUUUCAAUGAACACCUUUCGUAGAUUUAUUGGUCGAAAACAUAGAUUUUUUUUCAAAAUCUUUGUUUAUAAUUUCUUCAAACCACUUGGAAGAUUGGUUAUGACAAUUUGUACCUCAGUUUUUUUUAUCGUUGGUAUUUUUAACGAAUAAUUUUACUUGGGAAGUUUCAUAUUGCCGGGUGUAUUUACUUGUUUAUUUUGUGUUAUUUGAAGGGAAAGCCGUAAUAUUCGCGGCGACUCAACUGUUAGCACUUUAAUAAGAGGUAGAGGAAACAGGAACGUUUGAGGUCUUGUAAAUAAGAGUUUUUUUAUUUUAAACGUUGAAACAUCUCGAAUCUAUUGAAAAAAAUCCUAUCUUUUUUACCGGUAUC